UCUGCCUUUACGUACUGUGCGUGAUGACGUCAGAGCGUCAGCUGGCUGAAUGUUUACAUCCAGCAGUGGUGUGUUCCUGGCUGGACCCCCCGACAACAAACCGCUGAGCAGGAGAAUCCCGCCGGGACAGAGAGCACCUGUCGGACUUUUCAGCAGUCAUCAUGGGCGGAGCUGUGAGUGCAGGUGAAGACAAUGACGACCUGAUCGACAACCUGAAGGAGGCGUACUACAUCCGCUCUGACCUGGUGGAGCGCGCCUUCAGAGCCAUCGACCGCGCCGACUAUUACCUGGACGAGUACCGAGACAACGCCUACAAGGACCUCGCAUGGCGGCACGGGAACAUCCACCUGUCGGCUCCGUGUAUCUACUCUGAGGUGAUGGAGGCUCUGGAUCUCCAUCCUGGACUCUCCUUCCUCAACCUGGGCAGCGGGACGGGAUACCUGAGCACCAUGGUGGGCCUCAUACUGGGCCCGUUUGGUGUGAAUCAUGGAAUCGAGCUUCAUGCAGAUGUGAUCGAGUAUGCCUACCAGAAGCUCGACUCCUUCAUCAAAACCAGCGACAGCUUUGACAAGUUCGAGUUCUGUGAGCCGUCCUUCGUGGUUGGAAACUGUCUGGAGAUCCCCGCAGAGAGUCGGCAGUACGAGCGGGUGUACUGCGGGGCAGGAGUGCAGAAGGAGCACGAGGAGUACAUGAAGAACCUGCUGAAGCUGGGGGGCAUCCUGGUCAUGCCUCUGGAGGAGAAGUUGACAAAGAUCACCCGAACAGGCCUGAACAGCUGGGAGACCAAAAAGAUCAUCUCUGUGUCCUUCGCUCCCCUCGUCCUGCCCAAACACAGCACCAACGGGAAACCCCGGAGCGCCCCGCUGCCGAGGUUCGAGGUCCGGUCGCUACAGGAGCUGUCCCGUAUCUGCAUCCGUCACACCCUCAGAGUGACCACAGACGGAGGAGACAGCCAAUCACGUGGCAGAGGCUCCUCCUUCAGCGUGGGGAGGGGUCUGGCGGUGGCCGGCCUCCAUAAGUACGGCCCUCGCUUCAAACGCCGUCGUGUCCACCGGCGUCACUGUAAUGCCCUUGUCCUCGCCACACGGCAGGUGGUGGCCAGCAGCGGGAUAGGCCCCGCCCCUCUGGACAGCAACAACAACCAGGGAGGAAGAGCAGAGGAUGAGGAGGAGGUGGGGGAGAGGGAGAGGGAGAGGGAGGGGGAGGGGAGGCGGCAGCUGAGAGGGAGCAGGAGGGGGGGCAGGGGAGUCGGAGCGGUGGUGGAGGAGGAGGAGACGGUGGAGGAGGAGGAGGAAGAGGAGGAGCAGGAGGAGGAGGAAGAAGAAGAGAAGGAGACAGGGGAGCUGCUCCGCCCCCAGCCGGCCGUGAACCUCCUCAGAGAGAGGAUCCUGAACCUGCCGCUGCCCGAGCCGCUCAAGAUGUACCUGCUGUACUACAGAGAGAAGUAAGCCCCGCCCCCAAGAGCCACAGCCAGGUGUGAAUAAGAGUCAGAGCUUCACCUCCCAAACCUGGACUACUACCCUCCACCUGACUGAACCCCAAAUCUCUUUAUCUGUUUUCAUCCUCUUCAUCAUCUUUUCUGGACUAAAUUCAUUACCUGGCACGGUUGGGGGGAGGGUUG